UUAAUGAUUCGUUCGCGCAAACCGGACAUCGCUAGUAAAUAAACGCUCAGGCUCCGGAACUAAGACGAUAUUUCAUGAAAUCUAAAGGAUGGAAAUAAGGCUUCCGAUUUUCACACACAAUCAUGUUGUAUUGUGUGUCUCCGCGGUGUUUGUUUUCGCUGGUGUGUGUGGUGUGUCAGCGAUAGACGUGUUCACUCCAGCUGAUAUGUUUGUGGAGAACGGGACCACAGUCACUCUGUCCUGCAGCUUCAAGUCUAGAGAAGUGAUCAGUAGUUCAGCGUCAGUGACGUGGUCUUUCCUUCCGGAGGGAGAAACCGGAGCGUCCACUUCAUUCUUCUAUUACUCCGCUGGGAAGUCGUUUCCGGGCUCUUUGCCGCAGUUUAAGUCUCGUGUGGAGUGGGCCGGAGACAUGAACAAGAAGGACGUGUCGAUCCGUGUGAUCCAGAUGCAGUUCAAGGACAACGGGACGUUCAGCUGCGACGUGAAGAAUCCUCCAGACAUCUCCGGACAGAUGUCCUUCAUUAAAGUCAGGGUGGUCAUGAAAGAGGCUCUUCCUCAGACCAGCACUGCAGUGAUCGUGGGGGGGGUGAUCGGAGCUGUGAUCGGCAUCAUCAUCAUCGCUGUGGUCACCUACCUGAUCAUCAGACGACGGGAGCCCAGUCACGCCUACGAAGGCUGCACCUCGUUAGAGAGUGUGAGCUCACAGAACACUAGGGUGGGGAAGAAAGUGGAGUCUAGCAACGACAACUCGCGCUGCUCCAGCCCCUCCGCCCCUGUACAGGGGCCGGUGAUUUACGCCCAGCUCGAUCACUCCGGCAGCAAGAACUCCUUCCACAAGAUGGAGCCGGUGGUGUACGCAGACAUCCGCAAGAACUAGAGCGCCUGGCCUGUGCAUCUGUUCUUCACCUCAUUCAGAGCGUGAUCGGUCACACGGGUGGGUUAGUACUGGACUGAUGACGGCACGUGACCACAGACUCUUUCUUCUGUUUCUGUGUGUGUUUUUAUGUCAAUGUGAGUUUCUAGAUUACAAUUACGCUGCUGUAGAUGACGGGUCUCACACGUCUCACCACUCAAACUACACAGACUUUACAUAGACAAGUGUUUUUCUAUCAU